AUGGCUACCGCAGCAGUGCAAAUACCGUCGCACAAUCGCAUCGAGUCGGGCUCAAACCAAUUGAAGCCGGCAGCAUAUCCAAGUGAAGCCGACUCUAAUGCCCCGCCUAAAGCCGAUGUCCACAAGAUUGCUUCGGAAUGGGCUGAAUCGUUGAAUAAGGCUCUGUCGAACCGAGAUUACGAAAGCCUCAAGCAGCUGUUUCUACCAGGCUCGUGCUGGCGUGAUCAGCUUGCCCUCUCCUGGGAUUAUCACACUUUCAACGGACCAGAGAAGAUCAUCUCGUUCCUCGAAUCCUCCCCUCACGGCAGCCGUAUCAAGUCCAUAAGCAUCGACGAUAGUAGUGCUCUGCACUCGCCUCAUGUGUCUGCCGCGGACUUCAAUGGCAAGAUUAACGGUGUGGGAUCGUUUCUGAACAUCGAGACCGAUGUUGGUAAGGGACCCGGCAUCGUUAGACUGUUGCAAGAUCAGCAAGACGGUGGGAAAUGGAAGGCUUUCACACUCUUUACGGCAAUGCAUGAGUUGAAGGGUCAUGAGGAAACCGUGCGUGGGAACAGACCACAUGGAGUUACUCACGGUGGGAAGCCGGGGCGAAAGAACUGGCAGGAGAGGAGGACGGCGACGGAGAAUUUCGAGGGUGACAUGGAACCUACAGUCCUAAUCUUGGGUGCCGGACAAGGAGGCUUGACGUCUGCCGCACGUCUUCACCAAUUGGGCGUUCCAACCUUGAUCAUCGACCGCAACCCUCGUGUUGGAGACAAUUGGCGAAACAGGUAUCACCAACUAGUCCUUCACGAUCCUGUUUGGUAUGACCAUCUACCUUACGUCCCUUUCCCUUCACACUGGCCAAUCUUUACGCCCAAGGACAAGCUUGCGGAGUGGUUCGAAUCCUACGCCAAGUUGCUUGAACUGAACGUAUGGACCCAAACCAACCUCGAGUCAGCAAGUUGGGAUGGCAGCAAGCGGCAAUGGACCGUAAACCUUGAGCGUAAAAAGGCGGACGGUACCACCGAAAAGCGCACUCUCCACCCUCGCCAUGUCAUUCAAGCUACCGGACACAGCGGCGAGAUGUCCUUUCCUCAAAUCAAGGGCAUGGAGGACUUCAAGGGAGACCGUCUCUGCCACUCCAGUCAAUUCAAAGGUGCCACCUCAGAUUCUAAGGGCAAGAAAGCGAUCGUUGUGGGUUGCUGCAAUUCAGGCCAUGACAUCGCACAAGAUUUCUACGAGCAUGGCUACGAUGUCACUGUUGUUCAGCGAUCAUCUACGUAUGUCAUGUCAUCAAAAGAAGGCCUCGAUGUGCUGCUUGCUGGGCUCUAUGAAGAAGGUGGUCCUGAUACAGAAGACGCAGACCUACUGUUCAUGAGUAUUCCAAACGCCAUGCUGAAACGCAUGCACGUUGAUGCUACUAAGGAGAUCGCACGGAGGGACGCCGACCUGCUUGCCGGGCUUCGAAAGGCGGGCUUCAAGCUUGACAAUGGACCCGACGACGCAGGCUUCUUCAUGAAGUAUUUCCAACGUGGAGGCGGCUACUACAUCGACGUGGGAGCGAGUCAACUUAUCAUUGAUGGCAAGAUCAAAGUCAAGCAAGGCCAAGAGAUCGCGGAGGUCAAGCCGCAUGGCUUGCUGUUCGCUGAUGGCUCCGAGUUGGAGGCUGAUGAGAUCGUUUUUGCGACUGGAUAUCAGAACAUGCGUGGAACCGCCAGAAAGAUCUUUGGAGACGAGAUCGCUGAUCAAGUGAAAGAUGUCUGGGGCUUCGACGAAGAGGGUGAGCUGCGGACCAUGUGGAGGAAAACAGGCCAUCCUGGAUUUUGGUUCUUCGGUGGCAACCUCGCUUUGUGCAGAUAUUUCUCACGCAUGCUAGCUUUGCAGAUCAAGGCGAUGGAGGAGGGGAUCAUGAAAUACGAGGACCCGUGA